AGCUCACUGUUGACUCGAGCUGACAUGUUUCUUUUCCUUCUUCGCUUGUCUACAAUUAUUCGUGCCAAGUAACCAUCCAUCCACUGUCUCCUUAGUAAACAUGAAAUUGGAAUAUUCCUUAUACUAUUCUUGGUUACGGUGAGCUGGAGUUUAUCCCAGCUGGCUUUGGGUGUGAAGCGGGGUACACUCAUGACUGCAGGUCACCUGUCUUUUACAACUAUUCUCAACAUUGCAUAAUUUUGUGGUAAUUAUUAGUACAAUAGUGCCUCAACUUAAAACCUUAUUUGAUUCUGCAAUGGAGCUCUUAACUCAAAACACUUGUAUCUCAAAUCAGUUCUCCCAUUGAAAUUUAGUUAAGUUAAAAGUUAAAGUACCAAUGAUUGUCACACACACACACUAGGUGUAGUGAAAUUUGUCCUCUGCAUUUGACCCAUGCUGUUGUUCACCCCCUGGGAGGUGAGGGGAGCAGUGAGCAGCAGCGGUGGCCGUGGUCGGGAAUCAAUUUUGGUGAUUUAACCCCCAAUUCCAACCCUUGAUGCUGAGUGCCAAGCAGGGAGGUAAUGGGUCUGGUUUUUAUAGUCUUUGGUAUGACUCGGCCGGGGAAUGAACUCAUGACCUACCGAUCUCAGGGCGGACACUCUAACCACUAGGCCACUGAGUAGGUUGAAAUUUAAUUUAAUUUAAUUGGUGCGUGGCCCCCACAAAACGGGAUAAUCCUAACAUAAAAUGUGCCUUAUGAAAAACUUAAAGAUAAAGUUAAGUUAAAGUACCAAUGAUUGUCACACACACACUAGGCAUGGUGAAAUUUGUCCUCUGCAUUUGACCCAUCCCCUUGAUCACCCCUUGGGUGGUGAGGGAAGCAGUGGGCAGCAGCGGUGCCACGCCCGGGAAUCAUUUAUGGUGAUUAAACCCCAAAUUACAACCCUUGAUGGUGAGUGCCAAGCAGGGAGGCAAUGGGUCCCAUUUUUUUUUAUAGUCUUUGGUAUGACUCGGCCGGGGUUUGAACUCACAACCUACCGAUGUCAGGGCGGACACUCUAACCACUAGGCCACUGAGUAGGUUAAAGAUAAGAAAUAUUGUAUGAAAAAAUACAAUAAAAUGUUGUACAAAAAAUUAUAGUAGAUUUAUGAGGAAAUGUAAUAAUGUACAGCAUUUAUCUUGAAGAAUGGACUUCUUCAGUAUCUCCUCACUGCUACUCUGUCAAGCACACCCAUCAGAAGCUUUUCCAUAUUGUCAUAGAUAAAUGUCCCCUUAGGCAUUAUUUUUAACAUUCUUGGCUGGCGUUAGACGCAUUCUGCUUCAGUAUGGUGCAGACGAGCAGUGAGAAGCUCAAAAGGCUUCACCAAGUUGGCGACACGAUUGGUCAUGUUUUUUGGGACGAUUUCUUUGUUUAAUUCGAAGAGUAUAAUUAACUUCUUCUCAGCACUGUUGUUCACUCUCACUUUCUUUUUUCCCCAUGGGUGGAAAACAAAAUGUUGUCGAUCUCUAGCUACAAGCUGAUGUUUUGAGUUACAAGCAGGGAUGCUUACAACUCAAAAUGUUGCUUCCAAUUUAAAGCGUAACAAUUAGCCGAGAGACGGCUCUAAUCUGAAAACACACUUGAAUUGAGAUAUCACUGUAAUAAAACCUUGCGAACAUUUUUACAUUCAAUCAAUAAAUCAAUCAAUCAAUCACCCACUUGUUUCUUUUCUUAUUUAAAUAUUUGAACAUUUCAGGUAAAUUCCGCACAUUUUUAUUUCACACAUCUAACAUAUAAUGUACAGGUAAUUUACUAAUUUAAUCUAUUUUUCUUUACCUAAUUGUCGUCACAAUUUCAAUUUAUUUUAUUUUAAUCAUUGUAUGUAAAGUGACAAACUAUUCCAUUGAGUUGUUUUUUUAGAUCUCUUGAUAUAAUUAUGUUCUCUUGGAGCAUGGUUGUUGAAAUGACAAACACGCUAAGCUUAGAAUGUAAAAUAUGUUGAAUGAUGUUUUCGAGGGUAUCCAUUAUAAUGUUUUUGAUUGACACUGUCAGAAAGUACAAUGUGACGAUAUGGUGGUAGUGGAAUGUACUGACAUGCAUUUCUAAUAUGUUGCUCCAUAGUUGGUAUCACAUUAAUAAACAUAUUUAAUCACUGCCACUCGGACAGUGUCAAAUAAAACUACGCCUUUCUUGGGUCAUAAUAAUAAUGUAGUUGACUUUCCCAUUAGCUGUGAGACCAGUAAACACAACACAAUUACAAACGUCAUAAGUGUUGCAGGCAAAGUCUCGCGAUGAACCGUGAGACUUGAGGCGCCCAAAUUUUGGCCGGGGCAAAGAGCGACAUCCGAUGGCGGUGACCAACACAGUCUGGAGAUGCUAAAAAGAGCGAGGUAAACCCGAAUAAACAAAGCAGGAAGCUGACUAAAGAUGUAGAGAACGACAACGGAGCAGCUUUGUGAAGAGGCUGACAUUGCGGACUCAACACAAGCGAGGGGGAAGAACGUCUCUGCGAGCUUCACGUCGCCUGACGUACACCUGUGACAUCGGAUGAAGUGGCGAGGGAGAACACGCCGUGAGGCUGUCAUGUAAGGCGUCUCCUCUGGGGCCAUCUCUCGGCGUGCACCGCUUCCUGCUGCAGGUAGAAGUGUUCAGUGUUCCUGCUGCCGGGGCGCCAGGCGGCACGCGCUCAUCUAAAAGAAGGCGACAAAAGCUCUGUGACGGCACAGAAAUGGAGAAGAGUUGCGCUGAGUGCUCCGAGACCACGCUAGCACAGAGCUUGUGCACACAGUGCAACAAGUGGCUGUGUUACCAGUGCACAGAUGUGCACCAGCAUCCAAGAGUCCCAGUGGCAUCCCAGUACACAGAGCUGCAUGACCAACAGAGGCUGCACCAGAAAGGCUCAGGCUCUGUUCCUACGACAGCACCAGGUGCAGGAACAUAUCCUUGUUCCCUCAUGUGCCACUCUCAUAGACAGCAGCCCCUGGAGCUGUUUUGUGAGUCAUGUGACCUCCUAUGCUGCAGCAGCUGUCACGUGUCCUCCCACAAAACCCACAGGGUGGUGCAGAUUGGGAAGGCUCUCCAGGAUCAGCGGUGGCUGUUUGAAAGUCUGAUGGUGCAGGUGGAAGAAAGAAGGUCUGCUGUGGAGAACAGCGCAAAGCAGAUAGAAAACAGGGUUCAUGGAGUCAAGAUUGCACACAGGAAGGCUGAAAACCAGAUUAAAAUGGCAAAGAUGAUUAUGAUGAAUGAGCUUAACAAACGAGCUAACCUAUUAAUAGAGCAACUGGAGAAAAUCUCUGAGGACUUUCAGCAGUGUCUGGAGGACCAGCUGCAGGGGGCGAUAGAGACAUGUGGCCAGCUGGACCAUGUGCAGAAGUUCAUAAAUUGGGCUACCACUCACCAUUGCCAGGGCCUUGUGCUCUUCAGCAGUAGAAUGAUUUCAAUGCAAAUCCAACAGUUGCUUGACUCGGCACUGCAGUCUGACACUUGGAGUCCGGUCAAAAUCAAGUUCAACUGGGAUGCAAGCUACUGGACGGAGCAGAUGUCUUCAUUAGGCCAGCUGACUGUAGAGGGUGGAAGCUGUCCCUACCCUCAGGGCUUGAGUUGUGCCACCGUUCUCAGGCCCCAGCCUAUCACCUGCUUGGCUCUGCCGCCCGUGUGCCAUAGAGGGCGAGAGUCCGCCUGCGGGUACCAAUUGUGCUGCGAGCCCCAGGUGUGUUGCCUGCAUGGCAUCACUUCUCAGUCAGAUCUGGGCAAGAGCCAGGUGGAGGCUUCACUCUACAACUCAAGCUAUGUUCCACCCGCCGUUGUACCUGCCUCUCGGGUACAGACUCAGCAGUUGCAGAGGUUGUGGGACCCAAACAACUCCUCUACCUUGCAAACAUCUUCACAAUGCCCUUCACCCGCGCCUGUUAUCGGACCCCUCCAGAUUAAUUGUGGUCGUUCACAAGCAAGUGCAUCCCUAUCCCAAUCUCUGCCUGAAUCUCAUGUCCAUCACCAUCACCACAAAGGAACUGUUCCAGUCGGCCAUGGUCAUCUCAGUGCAGACCACCAGAGGCCACAGAUGCACGACACUUGUACACGCAAAUUGCCAAGCAGUGCAACUCUGCAGGAGGUGCUAGACGAUACAGCCGUUGAUCAAGACGCCACAGCUGAGGCGAGCUGGGAGGAGCAAUGCAGAGUGGACGAGAGUUGUGGACAAGAAGCUGAACAUGAGGAGUCGCAGUCCGACAGAAGCCUGCCAAGUCCUGUCCAACAACAACAGAACUUUCAGAAUGGUCCAGAAGCAGAACAGAGGAAAGAGCAGAAGAGGACCAGUCCUGUACAGACAUUACGUGGUCAAACAAGCCAGAGAUCCACAUCCCUGGAGGUGUCUGCGACAGCCAACAGUUGUAGCUCUGAGGUACAGCGGUGCAGGCUCAGCCCGAGUUCAGUGUGCGCUGGUGGGAAACAACGUUCCCAGAGCAUCCCUGCAGAGCUAGCAGCCUCACCCGGUGGUUCUUAUUGUGAAAGGCCAACAUUAUCUACUCACAGCACUGAAGCUGCAAGUAUGCCAACAAGGAAGUAUCCCAGUGCAGACCCCAAACAGAGAAGAGCUUCAGAUGGUGUGCUUUGCAUAGUCAAGGAAAACUCAGCUGACAUCGUCGUCACAAGAAGCCGUCGGUUUCCAUUACUGUCCUAUAAAACUGAACCAGAGCCUUCUUACGUAAAUGCUGAGGCUUGUUAUGAUGCCAAGGAAAAGUGCAGCGUUUCAAGAAAUGGUCACAACAGCUGCAAAGAUGCUGAACACGACUUUAGAAGAUCCAGAGUUCCAGUAGUGUGCCUUGAGCGCCUGAAAGUUCUUAUCUCUCAACUUCCUCCACAUGGACGACGGCAGAGCGACCCUUUGCCUGCAAGCACGACGGAGAAGAAUAAAACUUUGUUGCAUGAAACACAAAAGGGGAUGUCUAGAGGCCCUGAGCCCACUAAGACCCACUCAGUUGCAUCAUCACUGUAUGCAGACAAACGCCAGUUGCUCACAACUGACAGUGAGUGGGAUCAUUGCGCAAGAGCCAGCUCUCCUAAAGUAUCCAUGCUGACACCUGCUGACCCUCAGCACAGUCACUCUCCACUUGAUCAUGACUCGGACUCCGAUCCCAGGUCAGUCUCAGAAGAAGUCUUUCAAGCCAACUCGCAGCUCGACUCGGACACGUCACCCGAGCUUUCAUUUGAGGCUGAAUUGGAUGGUGCAAAGAAGGAGAAUCCAUUUGUGAAACGCGACGAAGGAACUGGUGUUACGGGGGAUUCUGAGUCAAGUCUCGAAUCUAGUGUAGACCCAGAAACAGCUUUGGGAGCUGGUUUAGACAAUGAACAAGAAGAACAGGAUAUUGAUUCAGAGUCAGGUGGCGCAGAUACAGAGUCAGAUGCCCAACCAGAAUUACACCCCAUGUUCCCGGCAGAAACAGAUUCAGACAUUGUGUCCGAUCAGAUUCUGGACUCUCAGGACUCCGUUGAGUCUGAGAUUGACAUAGAUUCAGAGCAUGAACAGCCAACUGAUGAUCCACAACCUCUACGCUCUGACUUAGAGGAGGAGUCCCCCAUUGGACCUGGUCAGCGGCCACUUCUGAUUGCGAACCCCAUUUUGCCGAGGCGGACAGAAGAAAUCGAAGAGGAAAACACAGAAAAUGAGAGCGAGGACUUCUGUGCGGUGUGUCUGAUUGGUGGGGAGCUUCUCUGCUGUGAUCGUUGUCCAAAGGUUUACCAUCUGUCGUGUCACAUCCCACCUUUGAUUCGGUUCCCUACAGGUGACUGGCUCUGCAGUCUUUGCAGAGACGUUCUGCAGGCAGAGUGUGAAUAUGACUGUGAGACCAGAAGAACAUCUGGGGAGCACACACCAGUUCCUUGCUUGUCUCUGUGUGAUCAGAGAAAAUGUGAGCGGCUAACCCUACUGAUCCUCAGUAACCAGCUGAGUGCGCCCUUUCAUGAGCCUGUCAGUCCACUUGCUCGUCAUUACUAUCAGAUCAUCAAGAGACCCAUCGACCUGUCUGUGAUCCGAGCCAAACUCAGCAAGAGGAGCACGCAACACUACAAGUCACCUGAGCAGUUUGUGGCUGAUGUCUAUCUCAUGUUCCACAACUGUGCAAAGUUCAACUAUCCUGAUUCAGAGGUGGCGCAGGCAGGCCGCAGCCUGGAGGCCUUUUUUGCCAUUAAGCUUGAGGAAGUUUUCCCAGGCCAAGUUUUCCCAGCGCUCGAGCCAGACAGUGACAGCGAUGAGUAUGACGAAGCCUACCGAGCAGCUGACGCUGGGUUCCCCUGGCCGGAGAGGAGGGAGCAGUGCCACAGGAAGAGAAAGAGAAGACAGUCGCUUAAGUCAAGAAGACAUCACUUCUAACUUCUUUUUUUGAAGUUUGGUAUUUUUGUCGAGGAAUGUUUGUGUUUUUAUUCUAUAUUUCUAAGAAGAAUAAGGCUGCCUCAUGCCCAAAAUAAGGGUUUGCCUGUUUCUACCUGUGCUUGCAUGGGUUCUGUCCGGGUACCCCAAUUUUCUUCCACAGUCCAAAAACAUUUGCUAUGUUAACUACAAGCUAAAGGUGUGAAAGAUUCUCUGCCCCUGUGUGUCAACCUAAAGCCUCUUUUCCACUGCAUGGUACCAACUCUAACUUACUGCACUACCAAGGACUAGUAGGUACUGUUGUAGAUGUUAUGUAGAGUAGAUGUUCCAAGCAUGCAAGCCCUAAAAGUGAAGUAAACGACUGCUGAUCACUUGCUGGUCAAACAAAACUUACUGACAUCAGCAUUAGAUGACAAAAUGACAAAUGCACUUGGAAUUAGCUCACUCUAUUGUUGUGCCUUCAUUUUGGAUGCUGCAAUGUUAGACUCCACAGUCUCCAUUCUGUUGCAUUGGUCCAUUUUCUUGUUACCUUUAAUCAUCUCUUAAAGGGGAACAUAAUCACAAUUUCUGAAGUGUUAAAACCAAUAAAAAUCAGUUCCCAGUGGCUUAUUUUAUUUUUCGAAGUUUUUCUCAAAAUUUUACCCAUCACGCAAUAUCCAGAAAAAUGGCUUCAAAGUGCCUGAUUUUCACGAUCGGUAUAUCCACCCGUCCAUUAUCCUGUGAUGUCACAGCGUGAAACCACCAGAAACAAACAUGGCGGAUAGCACAGAAAGGUAUAGCGAUAUUAGCUCGGAUUCAGACUCAGAUUUCAGCGGCGUAAGCGAUUCAACAGAUUACGCAUGUAUUGAAACGGAUGGUUGGAAUGUGGAGGCAGGUGGCGAAAACGAAAUCGAAGAAACUAAAGCUAGAGCCAUAUCACGACAGACAGCGGCACAGGAGGAAGUGAGGACGAAUUUGGCGAUCGCCUUCUAACCAACGAUUGGUAUGUGUUUGUUUGGCAUUAAAUGUGGGUGGAGGGAAAGGCUGGAUGCAAAUAUAGCUACAAAUGAGGCAUAAUGAUGCAAUAUGUACAUACAGCUAGCCUAAAUAGUAUGUUAGCAUCGAUUAGCUUGCAGUCAUCCUGUGACCAAAUAUGUCUGAUUAGCACUCCACAUAAGUCAAUAACAUCAACAAAACUCAUCUUUGUGCAUUCAUGCACAACGUUAUAAGUUUGGUGGAAAAAAUGAGACAGAAAAAGAAGUGGCAUAAAUCACGUCUUAGUUAAGACAUCCAGGGGGUUUACCUCGCUCGUCUGCGGAAACAGACUGCCGUCGUCCCUGAAUAGCUACCGAGGCACUCCGGCAGAUUCAAUGGUGGUCUAUUUUCUAAUAUUGCAGAUUUCUUUGACUUUAUCGUUGGAAAUACAUCUGCUUUGAGUGUCACAGGAUAUCCACACAUUCUUGCCAUCUCUGUCGUAGCAUAGCUGUCGUCGGUAAAGUGUGCGGAACAAACGAGGGACUUUCGCAUCUUUUGGCCACAGGUGCAACUUGAAUCCGUCUCUGUUCGUGUUGUUACACCCUCCGACAACACAACGACGAGGCCUGAUGUCUCCAAAGUACGGGAAAACAGUCGAAAAAACAGAAAAUAACAGAGCUGAUAUGACUUGGUGCGUGUAAUAAGUUUGAGUCAAUGGCGGAUUGCUUCAUGUUGUGACGUCACGGGUGAAAGGCCAUCGCUCCGACAGGCUAUCAAUUGAAAGGCGUUUAAAUCGCUAAAUUCACCCUUUGAGUUUGGAAAUUGGUUAAAAAAACAUAUGGUCUUUUUUCUGCAACAUCAGGUUUGGUGAUAAUAUUCCCCUUUAAAUAAAAUGUCUCUAUUUAUCAUGGCCAACUUUCACAUUCUCUCCCAUUCUUGUUUUAGUGUCUUGUCUUGAUUUGACUUAAUGCCUUCUGGUUGUUGCAGUUUCACACCACGACUCAGACUGUACUAAUUGGAAAUGGUAAACCAACCUUCUGUACAUAAAACAAGAUGUGAGCCAGUACUGUGCUGUGGAGAAGGGGCAUGUGUGAGCUGGGAUAGGCUCUAGCAGUAUAUCAUGCAUGGAAGUAGCAAGACCACACAGAGACCACAGAUUUCCACCCUUUCUGAAAUAUUUGUUACAUGCAAAAUAAGACGCUUUAAAAAGAUGAGAUUUUUUUACGUAUAUAUCGUGACAUUGUUAUGAUCUGAAAUAAAAUUAGGCCUACUGCCAUCUGAUGGCAGGCAAUAUAACAUCUAAACUGACAUGGUGAACCCAAGCAACACAUGUUUUUGCAUUGAGUUUUACAGCAUAUAGUUGAAAUAAAUAGCACAUUCGUGGUUGCUACAUAUUAUAUUUUACUCAUAAUUUCCCCUUGACACAGUAACCAUCACUUGCCUGUUCUAUUUCUACCUGGUAUGAUGUACCGUGAUGUUUGCUUAUGUACAAAAAUGUGUCUUUAGUAUGUUGUUAACAUUACAGCACUUUUAUAUAUUAUAUUUACUAAACAAAUGCCCACUAUUAUGUAACGGUACUUACUGUACAUAUGCUUAUGUGUCUUGUUCUGAUUGUCACUUUUCUUUCAUAGUUGUUUGUGUUUGUUGUUUUGUACAGUCUUCUGUUGACCAGAACACACACACACACACACACACACACACACACACACACACACACACACACACACACACACACACACACACACACACACACACACACACACACACACAAAUACUGGUAUAUACACACACACCGGUUAUAGUGUUGUAUAUGUAUACACAUAUAUACAUACUGUAUGUAUUAAUAUAUAUACAUGAUGUAUAUGUAUAUAUAUAUACAUAUAAAAACAGUGAAGUUGGCACUUUGUGUAAUUCUUAAAUGAAAACAAUACAAUAAUAUGAAAAUCCUUUUCAACUUAUGUUCAAUUGAAUAAACUGAAUAAACAUUAAAGAUAUUUAAUGUUCGAACUGAGAAACAGUAUUUUGUUGGCAAAUAAUCAUUAACUUAGAAUUUAAUGGCAGCAACACAUUGCAAAAAAAUUGGCUCUGGGGCAUUUUUACCACUGUGUUACAUGGCCUUUCCUUUUAACAACACUCAGUAAAUGUUUGAGAACUGAGGAGACCAAUUUUUUUAAUAUUUUCAGGUGGAAUUAUUUCCCAUUUUUGCUUGAUGUACAGCUUAAGUUGUUCAACGGUCUCCGUUGUGGUAUUUUAGGCUUCAUAAUGUGCCACACAUUUUCAAUGGGAGACAUGUCUGGACUACAGGCAGGCAGGCCAGUCUAGUACCCGCACUUUUACUGAGAAGCCACGCUGUUGUAACACCUGCAGAAUGUGGCUCGGCAUGUCUUGCUGAAAUAAGCAGGGGCGUCCAUGAUAAUGUUGCUUGAAUGGCAACAUAUGUUGCUCCAAAAACUGUAUGUACCUUUCAGCAUUAAUGGUGCCUUCACAGAUGUGUAAGUUACCCAUGUCUUGGGCAAUAAUACACUUCCAUACCAUCAAUGAUGCUGGCUUUUGAACGUUGUGCCUAGAACAAUCCGGAGGGUUCUUUUACUUUACACAAACAAUUAGAAAUGUGGACUCCUCAGACCACAGAACCCUUUUCUACUUUGCAUCUUAGAUGAGCUCGGGCCCAGCGAAGCCGGUGGCGUUUCUGGGUGUUGUUGAAUGGCUUUCGCUCGGCAUGGAGUUUUAACUUGCACUUAUGUAGCGGCCAACUGUAGUUACGGACAUUGGUGUUCCUGAGUCCAUGUGGUGAUAUCCUUUACACACAGAUCGAGGGCCCGUAAUUACGUGCAGAGAUUUCUCCAGAUUCUCUGAACCUUUUGAUAUUAUGGACCGUAGAUGGUGAAAUCCUUAAAUUCCUUGCAAUAGCUAAUUGAGAAAUGUUGUUCUUAAACUGUUCGACAAUUUGCUCACACAUUUGUUCACAAAGUGGUGACCCUCGCCCCAUCCUUGUUUGUGAAUGACUGAGCAUUUCACGGAAGCCGCGUUUAUACCAAAUCAUGGCACCUACCUGUUCCCAAUUAGCCUGUUCACCUGUGGGAUGUUCCAAAUUAGUGUUUGAUGAGCAUUCCUCAACUUUCUCAGUCUUUUUUGCCACUUGUGCCAGCUUUUGAAACAUGUUGCAGGCAUCAAAUUCCUAAUGAGCUAAUAUUUGCAAAAAAUAACAGUUUUCCAGUUUGAACAUUAGGUAUCUUGACUUUGCAAUCUAUUCAAUUGAAUAUAAGUUAAAAAGGAUUUGCAAAUCACAGUGUUCUGGUUUUAUCUGGGGACUGCGUGGAGAGUGGCCGUGCGCAACCCGAGGGUCCCUGGUUCAAUCCCCACCUAGUACCAACCUCAUCACGUCCGUUAUGUCCUGAGCAAGACACUUCGCCCUUGCUCCUGAUGGGUGCUGGUUAGCGCCUUGCAUGGCAGCUCCCUCCAUCAGUGUGUGAAUGUGUGUGUGAAUGGGUGAAUGUGGAAGUAGUGUCAAAGCGCUUUGAGUACCUUGAUGGUAGAAAAGCGCUAUACAAGUACAACCCAUUUAUUAUUAUCAUUUAUCUACGGUUUACACAACAUGCCAACUUCACUGGUUUUGUUUUUGUACAUAUAUAUAUGUAAAUAUAUACAGAUGUAUGUAUGUAUAUACAUAUAUAGAUUAUAUAUAUAUAUAUAUAUAUAUAUAUAUAUAUAUAAUAUAUAUAUAUAUACAUUCACACAUACAUAUAGAAACAUACACACAGCAAUAUGUAUUUACUUUAUAUAGUAGUAAACAAAAGUACAGAUUCUAUACUACAUUUAAGCAAAUUGUGGCCCUUAAUCAAUGGUCCAAGUACUUUAUUGACCCAAAUAAAAAUAAAAGAUGGACCUAUGUGUAAGAUGCCUUUUUUUUUUUUUAGAAGAUGCAUUCUUUUGUAAUCUUUCAUAUUAAAUGCCUUGUACAAAUGAAGGGUCUCCACACCAAUUGAUGCUGAGUCUUCCCUGCAGUUGAGUAAAUAAAUGCCACCAGAUGAGGAAACCUUAGUUUGUUAAAAAAGAUUCAAAUAUAAUUAUCAGUGCCCCUAAUUGAAUCAAUUGGUGGCAUUUGAGGAUUGCAUUAGUGAUACAUUUAACAAAUACACUUUUGUCUUUGUUGAUAAAAUAUUUUGAUUUUAUCUGUGCAAAAAAAGGAUUGCCCAGUGACUAAAGAAUCCCAAGCCCAGUUAUGUUGUUCAAUGUUGACAAUCAUGACAAUGUAAUCAUGUAUGUCACUAUUAGUUUUACACAAGUUGUAGGCUGUAACGACAAUAUUGCAAAUGUACUUUUAACACAAGCUUGCAUCCUGUGGCAAAUCAUUCAGGAAGUUUAAGUUUUAUUUCUGUCUUGUUUUUUUUUUUUUGAGUUGUAAACGUACAUAAUAAAAAGAGAGCAUUCAUGUCAGAUA